AUGGCGACGGACACGGUCGUUGUGCCUCCCAAGCGGGCCAAUACUGAUUAUCCUUUGAUCGAUUCCGACCCGCACUUGCGACGUGUGUUUGGUUAUGCCCGACCCUCCGAUUACGCUGCGGCUGGUGGGAUGGCGGCGGUCUCACCCAUCUCUUUCUGGAUCAUGGAACGAGUGAGCCCGUCGCAUGUGGGCCGCGGUGGUUUUGCCCCCGUAAUGCGUCUCGCAACUGCCGUGGGCCUCCUUGGUGGUCUUCACGUACUUUAUCAGCGAUCUUGCAGACGAUUUUACGGAUUUACGGAGAACGCCAGAGAGACCGAGAUGGAUAUGAAGGAGAUGGUCGACAAGGUCAAGAAGGGCGAACCCUUGUAUGGCACUUCAAAGCUCUCGUCUUAUCUCCAGGGUGUGGCCGCCCGGAACUCUCGAUACUCGGAGCUGUUUAUCCAUGUCAUCCCAUGGUUCAACCUUGUCAACCACGAUCAGCAUGGUAUCGACACGGCCAAGUACUACCAACAAGCGGAGCGGGAAUUGGAAGCAGAGCGAUUGGCCAAGCCCGGCUCUGCAUGA